AAAUGAUCCAAAUGCAGAAAAAAAAAUCUACUACGAGAUAGAUGGAGCUAGUGUUAACUUUUCUGUUUCAUUAUUCUAGUGCUUGGUUUGACACAGUCGUAUAGUAAACAAAACAAACAAUUUUUUUCUCAUUUACCCAGCGCCGGUCAAAUGGAGCUCCGAAAUGUUGAUUCUCCACCGGUUUUUAAACCAACAAAGUGUUUUACCUGUCUUCGGUUAUCGGAGAAAUCGUUGCCAAUUAUUAGUGAAACCCGUGACGACGCCUUUGCCGUACUUGAGCUUCUAACGGUGCACUUUUGGUUUCGACGCGAAGAUUUCCGGGAGGAGCAUAUCGUAUGUCGAUCGUGUUGGGAUCAGUUGAAGCUUUUCCAUCGAUUCUAUUUGGAUGUUAGGCGUAAUCACGAACUCCUCACACCACUAGCGGUGGAAUCGGUGGUAGAAGCUGUCAAACAGGAACAAGACGAUGAAGAGGAAAAUUUGUCGAGUACCCCUGUGAUACCUACCGAACUACAAAUCUGCCACGAUGAUGAUCUAAAAUCUGAGUGUCCGUCCGAGGAAAGUGUGGAGCAAGCUGCUCACACAAAAAGCGAACCAGAAUCGGAUACAUGUUCAGAAAGAAUUGCUCCGAAGGAGCUAAAAGUUGUUAAACGCAAACCAACCCGAAGACCUGACGUGAGGAAGGAACGUAAAGCAAUCUCCUAUCAAGUUAAAACUGCGAAGCAGCUGGCGGAAGAGGAUGAAAUCAUUAAAUCGCACGUUCAGUAUACCUGCGAGUUGUGUGCUGUUAUUAGUCCCACAUUCACCGGCUUCCAACGACAUGUUAAGAAUACCCACCUCGACAGUAAAGCGUUCAUCGUUUGCUGUGGAAGGCGAUACUACCGGAAGAAUAACCUCCUGGAUCAUGUUCAGACACUAGGGAAGAAGGAUAUGUUCAAGUGUGAUAUCUGCUCGAAGAGUUUCAUCAACACCCACGGAGUUCGAAGGCACAAGCAGCUGAUGCACUUGCCGGACGAAAUUAAAAUCUAUCGCUGCGACCGUUGCCCGAAGCGAUUCGCUAAGCCAACCCAUCUGGCCGUUCAUUUGAAACAUCACGAAAAUCUCGAUAACGAAACCGCUAAAUGUCCGGAGUGUGAAAAAUCAUUUCCAUCGGAGGCGCUUCUCAAACAGCACAUCAAAAUUCGGCACACCCGUCCUACGGACUUUAUCUGCGACGUGUGUGCGAAAGGAUUUUACUCGGAGGCAGAGUUCUUGCGACACAAGACGGAACAUGAAAAUCCGGCCAAUUUAAGAGUCCAGUGCGACGUCUGCCAGCUGUGGUUUCGUAGCCGAAUUCAUUUGAACGAUCACAAGCGGCGCCACCGGCAGCCGCCAGUGACGUGUGAUCUGUGCGGGCACGUUUCUCCCAACAAGAAAGCCCUGGCGAGCCAUAAACGGCUCCGCCAUGGCACGUCCAGUCUCUUUUGUCAGGAGUGUGGAAAAGCGUUCAAGCGACCGAUUACUUUGCGAGAGCACAUGGCUUCGCAUACCGGGGCGGCCCUGUACUCGUGCUCUUUUUGCGAACGGACGUUCAACUCUAGCGCCAACAUGUUCUCGCACCGGAAGAAGAUGCACCCGCAAGAGUGGCUCCAGCUGAGGAACGCACAGCUGGCUGAACGGCACGGUUUGGCAACUAGUGAGCGGUGAGCUGGUCGCGGGCAGUUUGGAUAAAUCAAUAAAUGAAAUCAGGCGAAAAAAUUGUUUUCUCGGCAAUCGGACAAGAGUGAACAGUUCCCAAAAGCUAAUUACUGUAACCUGUUUCGGUUAAAAUAGCUUUUUUUAUUGAGAACAAGAAACGUGUGUUGAACCACAUUUGA